GUAGAGUCAGGAAAGACCUGCUGCUGUGAUAGAGCUAGGACAUAGACACAGUCAUGUAAUUACUGCUUCCCUUACUAAUUGAACCCUGAGAAAAAGAUGCCAGGCGGACAGUUCUGCCAUGUUGGCGAUUCAUCUUAAACCAAGACCGGGGACAGAGCGGACUUUUCUGGGGCAGACGCAGACUUUUUCUAACCCUCGUGUGCUGGAGUGACUCGAGCAGACGCUUCGACGAUGUCCUCGCCGGGAAGCAACAGUUGGACUGAAAGCCAUAAGCACUAAUCCGGCGUAGUAAUACACGUCUUUGACAGUAAUUCCGCUGUGGUGGCAUGUGAUUCCACUCCAAGACAUUCAUUCAUGCACGAGUGCUUCCUGCGCACGAGUGCAGCCGUAGAAAGCUAGAACUUUCUAUUAUUGGUUAUAGCUGAGUGUUUGAUUGGACCUGGAUGACACAGGGUAACAUCAAGGAGGUCGACGUGCGGACCACAGACUAAAAGGAGGAGAGUGAGGGAGUCCCAGCACCAGAGAGGUAAAGGGAGGAGGGGGUCUUCCCUUUCUCUCUCUCCACCCGUCUCGUCGCCAGGCUGGCAGGCCCCGCCAUGGCAUUCACCUUUGCGGCCUUCUGCUACAUGCUCACCUUGGUGCUGUGCGCCGCCCUCAUCUUCUUUGUCAUCUGGCAGAUUAUUGCUUUUGAUGAGCUGCGCACGGACUUCAAAAACCCCAUCGAUCAGAGCAAUCCCACCAGAGCGAGGGAAAGGAUUGUCAAUAUCGAGCGAAUCUGCAACCUUCUACGCAGAUUGGUGGUACCAGAGUAUUCAAUCCAUGGGCUCUUUUGCCUCAUGUUCAUGUGUGCUGGAGAGUGGGUCACACUUGGCCUAAAUAUCCCGCUUCUCUUCUACCAUCUGUGGAGGUUUUUUCAUAGACCGGCAGAUGGGUCAGAGGUCAUGUAUGAUCCUGUAAGUGUGAUGAACGCCGACAUCCUCAACUACUGCCAGAAGGAGUCCUGGUGUAAGCUGGGCUUUUAUCUGCUCUCUUUCUUCUAUUAUCUCUACAGCAUGGUCUAUGCCCUGGUGAGCUUCUAACAAGCUCAUGCUGAGACCGAGGUACAACAUCCAAAAGGAAAGAACCUUCCCACCAGUGGCUUGGGUUUUCCAAGGUCUUAUUUUGGAAUACGAAACAAAAACAAGAAAAAACCCACUCUGAGUGCCAUUGUGAAUGUAAAAGGUGUUUAUAUUGCUUCAUGUCAAACACUGCUGUGACACAGAUGGACAAAAGGUAUGAAUGAAGGAUGGGAGAGGUGUGUGCUGCCUUUUGACGCCUGAUUACAAAACUCUCUGAAGGGCUGGAGUAAUGCCAUGCUGCUCUUACUGAUCCAGUCUCCCAACUCACUGUGAUUCUCCAAACACUUAACAUGGGCUGGAACACAAAACUAUAAGUAUGUAAUGUUUGACUUUGAAAAGGUGCACAUGGCGAGCUAUUUGCUAUUAUUGUGUAUAUUUUCAAAAAAUAGACACCUCUAAUAUUCAACCACUGUUUUUCUGUAGAGUUUCAGGUACAUUAGUGUAAGGAGGAUGGGACGUUAAAAACCCCCCACUAAAAACGCAGACAGGAAUAUAACAGAUUGGUGCGUGCACAGACACUUUCAACCAAGAUGGAAAAAAAGCUUUGACCAUCAGGUUCAUCACGAUCAUAUUCACAUUGUAAUAAUAAUAAUAAUAAUAAUAAUAAUAAUAAUAAUCAUUAAUAAUGUUGAAGUCUCUAUGCGGACAUCCUUAAGUGUGUUUUUAGCCGUAAGGACAUUUUGUGUGCUAAUUAUAGCUAGAAGAGAGUGUUUUGCUCAUAGAUUCAAUGCCAAAUGUUUGUACCUGAGAAGCAUUGUGCCAAAGAGCAUGAAGCAAGUGAAAACAAAAAGAAUGAGCUUUGAAAAAUGCCAGCAGGCUGUGUCUGGGUUUUCACUUUCUUCAAGAUGUUAUCUAACAUUGGUGCAAUGGUUUUCUUAAAGGAAAACAAGAAGAUAGAAGAAACAGAAUUAACUAUGGUCUGUAUUUUUUGUGUGCAGAAAAAGCCUUAUUUGCGGUGAUGUUUAAUCAUUAGCAUCGAUGCUAGCCAUUUUAGCACAGCGACAUUGCUCAGAUCCGUAAUAAGGCAUAGAGCUCUUAUGUAUGAGAAGCAAUUUAAAACGCCACUCUUGCAAUGUAGUAGGUUUGAUAAUGUGUCUGUGUAAAAACAGUUAGGUUGGCUUAUGUCAACAAGCCAUCUAUGUCAACCAAAUCAUCAAGUCCCAGUCCACCGUGUUAUUUUUAUGACUAAAAAGUGCCCGCUUAUGUUGACAUUGGCUGCUUUUGUCGACGUAAAAUGUGAGACCCAAAGGGCCUUUUGUAUGAAAAUCCAGUCUGUUUGUGUCUACGUGUGGUAUAGUAAAGUUAGAGCGGACCUAUGAUACUUUUAAUCUUUUUUGACUUUUAAAUGUUCUUACAUUGUUGUAUACUCGUGUUAAACAGUGCUAAAGUGGCAAAACAUAAAAUUCAUGCAUUUAGGCGUGAGCUUGCACGCAGUUUUGUACGCCUCUGUUAGCUGGGUUUUUCAGUCUGGCAAGGUGGACAUGUUUAUUUGGACAUAAAGUCAAGCUCUCAGGCAGCUGUACCUAACGUUGUGACCGGGUGAAUCUGUAAGGUUGAUUUUUGACUAUGUCUGUAAAACAAAAGCGGUGAAGACUUCAUGAUGUACAUCGAACAGUGUACAUUUUAAAAAGAUAAAUUAUGAUACUCGCAGAUAGGGUGGGGCGUGGUUUCAUUUGCAAUCGGGGAACGCUUCCACAAAUGAAGAUCUUGCAGACAGACUUAAAUAAAGGGUUAUAAAAGUGACAGUGGAGCAAAAUGUACCCACAAUUCACACCAAAGCAUAUUCAAUACACAUGGUCUCUCUAGACCACAAGGAAGUGUUAUAAAUUGUAGAUUAAAAUCAUCAUAGGUCCACUUUAACUUCCUCAGUGCGAAACGACAACAGCAACAUAACUACUGAAAAUACAUCAAAUGUGCGCGUCAUGCAAAGUAAACUUCAAAAUUACAGGAUUUUGUGAGGUUGCGUGGAUUCAAAUUUAAUUCUGUGCAUCGUGCACCUACUUCCUCACUUCUUGGUUUCCAUUGACAGAGAUGUCGAUUUGUGACGAUCAUCUCAUUUGUGACGUCUCUCAUUGUUUUAGUUUUAUCCACUCGUGAGCAGUAUAGGGUGGAACCGGGCGCUCAGCAAAAAUACAUUUUGACUAUUUUUUCCAUGCUCAUUAUAUAUGUAAAGAGUAAUUUCACUAGUCUGGAUAAUGCGAUCAGACAUGCAGUAGUUGUUGCUUAAAGACCAAGCCUUUGCGCAAUUGCUCUUGUUUAUUAGUUGGAAAUAUUUGUAGAUAUACUGCUACUGCUGCUCUAUUGUGAUUUGAACAGCAGUAGAAAUACAGAGAUUCAGGGGCCUGAUUAUAAUGUGGUUCAAACUAAAGUGUUCGACAGCUCAAACAGGAAAAAGCGUCAGACGUAGUCGGUCAAGAUAGUUCAUGUCACAAUCUACCGGUACUAGACAUUCACACUAUAAUAUGAAUCAAAUAUUGAUUGUAAAAUAAAGUGUAUGAAAGUCAUGUUUUUAAUAGACAGUAAUACCAGGAAUAAGGACUGGAAUAAGAAAAAAUGCAAAUCAACAAUGGCUAUGUUUACAUGAACAAUAAUCAUCUUUUUCUAAAUGAAAACACUGUUGGAAUUGUGGUGUCCGCAUGGAAUGUUUGACCUUAAAUCAGUUUACGUGAUACAGCAGAUGUGUUUCCAAGUCCUUUUCUGACAAUUCCUUCCUGUUGUUAAAUAUUGGAAUACAGUGGUACCUCAAAUUAAAGAGGAACUGCACUUUUUUGGGAAUUUUGCCAAUCGUUCACAAUCAUUAUGUAAGACAUGACGACCGAUGGAUUUUUUUUUUUAAUGCAUUCUUAAUAUUAAAUACAUGUAAAUAAAAGUCAUAGCCCAGCCAACGGGAGCUCCACUAUUCCGUCCAAUAAAUCAAAUAAAUAACCGUUCAAAAAGCACCAACAAUAGUCCAUUUACGUUUCCUGACUUCAACAUUGACCAAGUAUUCGUGAUAUUGUUAUUAUAAACGCUAACGCAGACAAACUAUUUAUAGCAGCGAGGUCCUUUAGGACCUGGAACUAGCGAGAACGACACAAAAAGCGCUUGUUCCCCCCUAUUUCUCUGCGAGGAUUAUGAGUCAUUCUUUAUCUUAACGGGAAUAUAUGAACAUCCCAGCAGUCGGCAUCCUAAUGACAACAGACAUUGUACAAUUAGUGAUGUUUUGUUGGCUCUCAUAAAGUCUGCAGUGAGUAGAAAUAUUAAAUGUUAUUAGUAAUGUUCCCGUAACUACAUUACAUAUAUAUAUGUAUAUAAAACACUAGUGUGUAUAAAACACUAAUGGAGGUGUUUAGAUGUUUUUAAGGGGCUUUAUAGGCAGAAUUGAACGGCUGCCAUAGGCUCCAUUGUAAGUGGACUUUUGAUGGAAUGUAUUUAAUAUUUAGAACCCAUUAAAAAAAAUCCAUCCGUCAUGUCUUUCAUAAUGAUUGUGAACAAUAGGCAAAAUUUAAAAAAAAGUGCAGAUCCCCUUUAAGACUGCCCCAACACAAGAGGGUUUUGAAAUAAUAGACGUUUCUCGGUGAAUUGUUAUGCUUCAAGUUACAGGCAAAAAUUGGUGUAGCAAAAGUCACAGUAAAUCUCGUAAGAUCCGCCAAAAACAUCUGGUCUUACUCGCUAGCAUUAGCUUACUGGUAGUUGUCUAAAAAACUUUGUUUUACAACCAUGGGAAAGAAGAACAUGAGUGCUGAAAGGAAGUGGAAGAUAUUCAUUGAAAUAAAAAAAUACAAAAUAAAAAACAUGACAGAGUGUUGUGCCAAUUUGGUGAAGCAAUUCGAGCGUAUCACUGCUAGUUUGCACUAUAGCAGUAUGAGUGUUAUACUAGCCAAUAAUGUUAAAGGUGAACUGUACUUUUUUGGAAUUUUGCCUAUCAUUCACAAUCAUUAUGAAAGACAUGACACAUUGAUUGUUUUUUAAGCAUUCUAAAUAUUAAGUAAACCUAAAUAAAAGUCCACAUACAACGGAGUCAAUGGGAGGUCCUCUAUUCUGCCCAUAAAAUCCAAUAAAAAUCACCAUUCAACAAUACUCAAUUUACAUUUGGUGAAUUGAAUAUUAACCAAGUAUUAGUGAUAUUGUUAUCAAAAGCACUAACUCUGUGUACAAUUUCGACAUGAUUCACUGGCGAGGUGUUUCCUCACUUCCUUGCUCCCUGGAAGUUUAUUGUAGAUCAUAAAUCAUGCCUCUCACCUAGAAAGUAGAUGGCUGAGGACGUACUUCGACAAGUUGGUACACUUUGACAGCCAUUUAGGACCCGUAAAUGGCGAGAAAAACUAGAAAAGACGCUAAGUCCCCCCACCUUCUUUGCGAGGAUUAUGAGACAUUCUUCAUCUAAAUGGGAAUAUAUGAACAUCUUAGCAGUCAGCAUCCUAAUGACAGCAGACAUUGUACAGUAAGUUAUGUUUUAUUAAGUUUGUUGGCUCUCAUAAAGUCUGCAAUGAAUAGUAAUCAGUGAUGAACAAAAAAAAGGCAAACGUAAUGCGUUUUUGAAAUUAGUGCGCCGCGUAUGCUUAAAAUGAUCUAAAUACGUAAAUAUUAAAUGUUAUUAUAAAUGUGCUCGUUACGACAUUACAUAUAUACUUACAUUAUGUACUGUACAUACAACCUCAAUGGCGGUGUUUGGAUGUUUAUUUUAAGGGCUCUAUAGGCAGAAUAGAGCAGCUACCAUAGACUCCAUUGUAAGUUGUCUUUUGCUCACAUUUAUUUAAUAUUGAGAAUGCAUUAAAAAAAAAAAAAUGUUAAAUCGUCAUGUCUCUUAUAAUAACUAUGAACGAUAGGCAAAACUCCAAAAAACGUGCAGUUCCCCUUUAAUAUCUAAACAUUUACCCAUGACAAUAUGGAAGGACGUAUCGAGGAAGUCCACUUUCUAAGGUAAAUGCUUUACAUUAUUAUUACAUAACUUCAUAAAACUAAUGUAAUUAUUUACACUACAUUUUAUGUUUAUUGGUUUUAUACGCUAUUUUUCCAUCUAAAAGUUUUUCUUUUUAAAUUGCAUGUUACAUGUUAACAUUGUGCCGUUUUGGAUGGGGGGCAAGCACAAUUGAUUUUAAUUCAUUUCAAUGUGCGAUGGUGACUUGAGAUACAAGUGUUUUUAGUUAAGAGCGCCGUCACAGAAGCAAUUAAGCUCGUAAGUAGAGGUACUAAUGUAUUGACGUUCAUGCAAAUGUAGCCAUUGUGUGCGACAACAAAAACAAUAUGUCCAUUAUUAUAAUUGUACAUGUUUGUUUUGCAUGACUUGACCUAAAUUCCCCUGAUUUUCAAAAGAGCACAACAAAAUAUAUCACUGUCCUCAUCUAAACAAACAAACCGAUGAAGCAACUACACACAUGUUGUGUAGACAAUAUUAGACACCUUUGAGAUCCAAAACAAGAGCCAUUACAAGGAUAUUUAUUUUCAGUUCUUUACGUAAUGUUGUGCCAGAGCGUGGACAUAUCACUUUAGUCCUAAAAAUGCUGAGUCAGGACAAUCACCACUAAGCACAUAAAGAACGCCAGAUUUUGGUUCAAUGUCUUAAUGUGUGUACUCUUUAAUCAAACAUUUGAGAAACUUGUAACUUCAAGCAUAUCUAUUUGUAAUUGUCUUUUGUACAUUUCUCAUCAUUGUACGCUUUAGACAGUUUAGUGGACAACUCUAGAUCAGGUUACACUAAUGAUGUACAGAUCAUAUACAGCAAUUAAUUAUGUAUUCUAAUAAAAAAAACUUACAAAAAAAAGCAUGUUUUUUAUUGCAUGUCUUUGUCCACGUGUGCUGCCUUUUGCAAAGUUGCCUCUGGGCCAAAAGCAAAGAUGCACGCACCAGAGGAUGGGAAUAGAACU